UCAUUCGUUGAACAGCGCAUACGCAACAACAAUCCGGCAAUUUAUAAGCCGGACUUGCCCUUCAAACGACACUACUUCCGUGCUUGUAUUAGAGUUUACAUCUCAUUAUAUAAACAAAAAAAAAAUCAACAUGAGCAAAAUUGGAAUUAACGGUUUUGGACGUAUUGGACGUCUCGUCUUGAGAGCUUCCCUUGAACGUGGUGGACAGGUUGUUGCUAUCAAUGAUCCAUUCAUUGGUCUUGACUAUAUGGUCUACAUGUUCAAAUAUGACUCAACCCACGGUAAAUUCAAGGGAGAAGUUAAAGCUGAAGAUGGUAGUCUUGUUGUAAAUGGCAACAAAAUUGCUGUAUUCAGUGAACGUGACCCAAAAGCAAUUCCAUGGGGUAAAGCUGGUGCUGAAUAUGUUGUUGAAUCAACUGGUGUAUUCACCACAAUUGCUGCUGCAUCUGCUCAUUUGGAAGGUGGUGCUAAAAAAGUUAUCAUCUCAGCUCCAUCAGCUGAUGCACCAAUGUUUGUCUGUGGUGUUAAUCUUGAUGCUUAUGAACCAUCAAUGAAAGUUGUAUCAAAUGCAUCAUGCACAACUAACUGUCUUGCUCCACUUGCAAAGGUUGUUCAUGAUAACUUUGAAAUUGUUGAGGGUCUUAUGACAACUGUUCAUGCUACAACAGCAACUCAAAAAACAGUUGAUGGUCCAUCUGGUAAACUCUGGAGAGAUGGACGUGGUGCUGCCCAAAAUAUCAUUCCAGCAGCAACUGGUGCUGCUAAAGCCGUUGGCAAAGUCAUUCCAUCACUCAAUGGUAAAUUAACUGGUAUGGCAUUCCGUGUACCAGUUGCCAAUGUAUCAGUUGUUGAUUUGACUGUUCGUCUUGGUAAACCAGCAACAUAUGAUGCAAUUAAAGCUAAAGUUAAGGAAGCUGCUGCACCAGGUGGUCCACUUAAUGGUAUUUUAGGAUACACUGAAGAUGAUGUUGUAUCAUCUGAUUUUAUUGGUGAUACUCACUCAAGUAUUUUUGAUGCCAAAGCUGGAAUUCCACUUAACGAUCAAUUUGUUAAACUUAUCUCUUGGUACGACAAUGAAUUUGGUUACUCAAGCCGUGUUAUUGAUCUCAUCAAGUUCAUGCAAACCAAGGACCAAUAAAUUUAAAUUUAACUUCAACAAGAUCUUUCUUUUUUUUUUUUUAAUUUAGUGUUGGAGUAAUCCCCCACGUUUUUAAGUGUUUGAUAAUUUAAUUAAUAAUUUUUUUUUGGCUUAUUAUAGUCAAUAAAUAAUUUAAAAAAUUUAUCAAUGACACUCGAGACAAUAUCAUUAUUAACCAAAAC